AUGCUAACCAUGUUCGUUCCUACGGUAAGAGACACAUAUAAAGCAAAUAUUCAUAUUGUAGGAUAUUUUGAGACGUCGACAGGUAUAGAGGUCCCGUUAGCGUCUGACGGUCAGACGAGUCUUGGGAAGUUGGGGCCAGGUCACGUAUUCGAAUUAUACAUAUCGAUACAAAAGAAGAAUACAAACGCAGUGAUCGAAUGUAUGAUAAAUGUGGCAGGAAUAUUUGGUGUUUGGAAUAAAAUGCUACAUAUCCAUUACAACCGAGAAAAUUUUAGAAAGUUGCUUGAUCUUAUAGCAAGAAAGUGGGCAGAAUUAAAGCUGAAUCAUGAAUUACACGUAUUACAAAGAAUCGCUGCACAAGGGAUAAUUUUGACCAUUUGUAUGAUAAUUUACCUGACAAUACCGCUAAUCUUUCCUGUUUUGGAUAUCGUUUUACCGCUGAACGAAACACGAGCACGCCUACAAAUAUUUAAAAUAAAUUACUUAAUCAUCGACAAUGAUGAAUAUUUUUAUGUCGAGUAUUUACAUUUAACUUGUGGCACAAUUGUUCUUCUGUUGACUAUAUUUGGGGUCGAUUCAUUGUACAUCAUGAUUAUUCAUCAUAGUAGCGGUCUAUUUGAUUUAACUGGACAUCAAAUCAAGAAAGCAAUGGAUACUAACUUAACUGUACAAAAAUCCUUUUCGGAUAAAUAUGUGUACGAGCAAGUUAAACGAUCUGCAAUUACGUACAAUGAAGCCAUUCAAUUUUACGAUAUCCUAAGAGAAAUCAGUGAAAGUUUAUACAUUAUCCAGAUUAGCCUAAGUAUGGUGGGCACUAGCGUGUCAGCUUUUCAAACAGUCAUAAACAUGGAUCAACCACAAGAAAUGAUUAAAUGUAUUUUAAUCUUUAUAUCUGAACAAUUGCAUUUACUUUUUAUCAGUUUAGUGGGUCAGAUACUCUUAAAUCACUCAUCGGAGCUAGAGAAGCAAAUAUACGACUCAGAGUGGUAUCGAUGUUCAAAGAAAACUCAACGCAUGAUUCACAUAAUGCAAAUAAGGUCUAGUAAACCGUGUAUACUCACGGCUGGUGGAAUAUACAAAGUAAACCUUGAAAGUUUCAGAUCCACUUUUAAAACGUGCAUGUCAUAUUGCACGAUGUUAUUGUCGGUGGAGCAAUAA